UCCCGCGGGGUCACAGCAACCUCAGCCUGCAGGAGCCCGAGUGGCGGCCCUUGCAAGGGGUUUGACGUUUCCUAUUGUUGCCGGAAGUGACGUCGGGGAGCGGCUCCUUAAAGGAAAGGGAUUUCAGUUUUCCUGAAUCAGAUUCGCCAAAAAGUCUUUAUAUAUAUUUUUUUCCUCUUCUCAUUCUGAAUGACGUUGGCCAUCAAAAUUAUGCUCAUUGCAAAUAUGACAAUCAGUAAAAGACACGUAAUUGAUAAGACUUUCAUGACAGUCAGAGUAUCCCGAAGACGCUGCGCGAACGGAGUGUGGAAUCUGCACCUAGGAAUAGCAGCAUGCGGGGCAGCCUGCGGCUCGGAAUGUUUAGCCGCCGUUCGAACUCUCGGCUCAGACUCGGAGUUCUUAAAACAAACCGUCGGCGCGAGGGGCGACCCGAGCCGCGGGCGUAAGGCCCUGGGGCUGCAGACCCGGUUUCCGCCACUUUCUCGGGUUACUUGUGCCCCCUUCUUCUUUCUGGGUUGGUCCGGUCGCCUUGGGAACCGUUCGUUUUGCUUAGCGGCUGCUGGCUGAGCCCGAGCUGGUGGACAGGUGCUCUGGCUUGGACGGAGGCGGCCCUUCUGCUGUCCUCACCGAGGUCCCUGGGUUGUAGGCGAACGAUCAGGUGCAAGCUGUACUUGAAUCUUACUCUUCUUCAAAAUGUUUAUUGUGCUGGUAAUGAAGAGGAUGUGUUCCUGGGGCACACUUUAUUGUCCGAAAUUUCAUUACCAGAGAUGAAACGUUGUAAGGUUAUUUGAGAGUUGGAGCUGAAUCAGAAUAUAAUGGCAACAGGUGACUUAAAAAGAAGCUUGCGGAAGCUAGAACAAGUGCUUCGUUCACUAAAUUACCCCAAUGAGGUGGAUUAUGUCGGCCUGAUAAAGGGAGACACAGCAGCAUCCUUGCCCAUCAUCAGCUACUCUCUCACCUCAUACUCCCCUUAUGUAGCAGAACUCCUAAUGGAAUCCAGUAUAGAGCUCAUAGCGAAGAACGAUGUGCGCUUUACCGAUACUGUCUAUAAGCUUCUUCGUGAUCAGUUUGAUUAUAAACCAAUUUUGACAAAAAAGCAAUUUAUACAGUCUGGAUUUGCUGAAUGGAAAAUUGAAAUUGUCUGUGAUAUAUUGAAUUGUGUGAUGAAAAAACACAAGGAAUUGAUUGGCCUUGACAAGAAUUUAUCAUGCCAAAGGAAGAGGAACGUUUCUGAGAAGCCAGGACCUUGUUCAAACAGUGAGAAACGCCCUGCAGAGGCUGUUGGCACUGACAUCGCGGGCAGGUUUAUGAUGUCAGGAAAGAAGAAAGCUGUGGUGAUCCGCCACCUGUACACUGAAGAGAAGGCUGGCGUCCCUGAAGGGACAGUAACCUCAACAGACGUCAGUCAAGGCUGCAAUGAGUCGGCAGAGCCGAGUUCUGACAUUCGGAUUCCUGAGGCACAGGCCCCUGAGGUCAAGGCUGAGCUGCAAGAUAUAUGUGAUCAUCCUGAGAUUACUGCACUUCAGAUCGCACUGGCCGAAUGUCAGGAGAAGCUGAAGCAGCUGACGUGGAUAGAGAAACGACUUGAGCGUUUGGAAGCUGCAACGCACGGGAAAGUGGUGGUCGAUGAGAAGGCCUGGAACAACCUUCUAAGUCGCGUCACUCUUCUUGAAACAGAGAUGCUGUUGUCUAAAAAGAAUGAAUCUGUAGAGCAUAAUAUGGCAAGUCAAGACAGUGAGUCAAUUAGUGAUGUGGACGUUGUACCCUUUGAUAAAAACUACAGUGCCGGGGGACUAGCAAGUAGCUAUCGCUCAUCUGGCUAUAGUACAGUACCAUCGGAAGCGGCGCCUGGGAGCUCCACUGUUAAUUACUGUGUCUUGAGAGAGUUCUCAGAGGAAACAACUAUCCAGAAAAUGGAAAGGAUGAAAAAAAUGUUUGAAGAGACAGCAGAGCUACUGAAAUGCUCAAGUCGCUAACUCUAAAACGGUCUGCAUAAACAUUCCUAGGACUUUUGCUACUUAUAUAUAUUCUAUAUUUAGGAAUUAUGUGUAUAAUUCUAAUAUACGAUCAUUUUUGUUAAGAAUUUGGAUUCUAUUUGAUGU